AUGACGGUUGCCCCACAACCACGACAUGCUUCACCUUUACCACAACCACUACAACCGAUACUAUCAGCACCUCCAAUAUCACCUUCUCAAUCACUCAAACGGCCAUUCGCAAGCGCCCCCACACUUUCCACAAACGUCUUGUCCUUGACAAGGCCUUGUGAGAACGUACAGAGACCUCUUAAAAGGCUCAAAAGAUCAUCGGUUUUUAACGACAAUUCCGCCGUCGAAAUGGACGGCAGUGAGCCAGAACUUUAUGCUGCUGCCAUUCCGGCGGAUACUGCUGAGUCAGUUAGAAAGGAUGUCUCCCCCUUCCUUUCAAAGCACAUCCCCGGACAAUAUGCGCCGCAGGGAUCUCAGCAGCAGCAGGAUGGUCAACAUGAUCUGGAGGAGAAAGGAAACACCAAAUUUUGUUAUAGACACAGGCCAGAUAUCAAAUGCAGGAGGCAAGCUGAUGAGCCAACCAUGGAAGAGCUGCAGAAGGGGAUGGAAACACUUCCAUCUGCAGAUCAACAGGCAAUUACUGAUGUCUGGUCACUUUUUUCUGCCGCUCCAGCGACACAUCGUAACCUUAUGCUGAGGGGCAUUUUGACGCAAUGCUGCUUCCCCCAGCUUUCAAUGAUUUCUGCUGCUCUACGAGAGCUAAUACGCAUCGACUUCCUCAGCGCACUUCCACCAGAAAUUGCUUUCAAAGUUCUAUGUUAUCUUGACACAGCAUCAUUGUGCAAAGCUGCACAAGUAAGUCACCGAUGGAGGAUGUUGGCCGAUGAUGAUGUAGUCUGGCAUAAGAUGUGUGAGCAGCACAUUGACCGGAAAUGUGAUAAGUGCGGUUGGGGGUUGCCAUUAUUGGAAAGAAAGAGACUGCGGAUGACGAAAAGGCAGAUGGAACGUCGAGCAAAAGAGCCCAACAUCUUCACUACCGAAAUCACAAGCGGAACUAAGGACCUCAAUAUUCAUGGCAAGCGUCCCAGCGGCCGUAACUCGCCGGAUGUAGAGAUGAUGCCGGUUAUUUCACCCAAACGCACGUGUCAACGUGCUGUUGAAGUACCUCCUACAAGGCCCUGGAAAGAUGUAUAUUCAGAAAGAUACAAAGUUGAAUCAAACUGGCGACGUGGACGAUGCACAAAGAAGGUUUUUAAAGGUCAUACGGAUGGCAUUAUGUGCUUACAAUUCGAUGAUGCCAUUCUAGCAACAGGCUCUUACGAUAGUACGGUUAAAAUAUGGGACAUUGAAACUGGCAAAGAGAUUCGAACAUUGACCGGCCAUGACUCUGGAGUUCGUGCCCUCAUGUUUGAUGACAGAAAGCUUAUAUCAGGUUCCCUAGACAAAAAGCUGAAAAUAUGGGAUUGGAGGACGGGCAAGUGCUUGUCUACUCUUCCGGGCCAUACCGGUGGUGUCAUCUGCCUCCAUUUCAACGAUAAUCUCCUUGCAUCUGGAUCGGUAGAUACAACAAUCAAAAUCUGGAACUUUGCGGAUAAGAGCUGUUAUGCGUUGAGAGGUCAUAAAGAUUGGGUCAACUCGGUUCGGAUAGAUACAGACUCCCGGAUGGUCUUUUCGGCAUCUGAUGACCAGACGGUAAGAAUGUGGGAUCUAGAUACCAAAGCCUGUGUCCGGAUUUUUGAGGGCCAUGUGGGGCAUGUUCAACAAGUGAUACCCAUGCAACUCCCCGGAUAUAUGUCUCCUAAGUCGACUAAAGAGGAUUCUUCUCAAAACUCUAUACUUCCGCCCCACCAGCACUGGCAGGAAUACCGGGAUAAAAACUCGCCAAAUCCGACUACACGCCCCCGGGCACCACCACCGGAAAAGAUGAUCACCGCGGCUCUCGAUUCUACCGUAAAGUUCUGGGACGUGGCUACAGGCAAAUGUACCAAAACCCUUUUCGGCCACAUUGAGGGCGUGUGGGCUCUCGCCGCCGAUUCCCUCCGGGUUAUUUCCGGGUCGCAAGACAGGAUGACCAAAGUGUGGGAUGUCCGUACAGGACGGUGUCUACGGACAAUAACGGGCCAUCAAGGCCCGGUAACAUGUGUCGGGUUAAGCGACUCCAACAUGGUUACUGGAGGCGAAGAUGGCGAAGCCAGGAUGUAUUGUUUCAAAAGCGAGGGAGAUUGUGUACAUGGCUGGAGUACUCCCCCAGAUUUUGUUGGGAGCACUGAUGCUGGAGGAAGUAUCAGCUCCGAGGACUAA